AUGGUUACACAUAUACCUGCCUGGAAGAGAUCUGGUUUAAAAAUCAGGUCUCAGCUCGCUGAAGACCCUCUUUCUCUACCAACAUCGACCUUCACCACCAAAGCCUUUUCUCUCAACGAUACCAACUCCAACAACAGCAUUGGUGCUAUAGAUUUGGAUUGCAAAAAUAACAGCAAAAAGAGAAAGAUAAAUAGUAUAAAUGAUGAUUCCCCCAUGGGAACCCCGAGGAAAAUACCAAAAAAACCAAAAAAACCAAAAAAUGAAAGAGAUACACCUCCAGUGAAAGAUCAACUAAUAUAUUUAAGAUCGUUCACAAACGACAAAGAAAACUGGAAAUUUUCUAAAUCCAAACAAAAUUGGAUAAUCAAAAAUAUUCUUAAUGAGAAUCAAAUUCCAAUGACUAAUUUCGACCCCUUUUUAUUCAAUUAUAUUAAAGACUUACAAGGUGGUUCAAAAAUUAGAAUUUUAAACGAAUUUAAAUCAAAGAUAGAUACUUGGAAUAAAAUCAUUGAUAACGUUGAUAAUCAAUUGGAUAAUGACAAUGAUAAUGACAAUGAUAACAAUAAAGAUCAAGAUAAAAACAGCAAAAAAGAGAAGAGGAAAAAAAAGCAAAAAACCAAAUUUGAAUUGGAAAAAGAAAAGCCCCCCAAUUACCAAAUAAUGAUGAAAAUCAAUCAACUUCUACCCAUUAUAAGCGAUGAAACUAUAUUAAUAAAAGGUUUGGAACUCUUUAAUAACAACAACAAUAAUAAGAAUCUUAAUGACAGUACAGAAGAAAUGGAAAACUCAAACAAAAAAACUAAAAAAAAUAAAAAAAUAAAAAACAAAGAUAAAGAUAAAGAUAAAGAACUUCGGGCGUCAAAAAAAACACAAAAGCUAAUUAAAUCUCUAGAAAUAGGUCAGUCAGAAGAUUCGAAAGAAAAAGAGAAAUCUGAUAAACCAGACUUGGAAAACUCUGAAAACUCUGAAAACUCUGAAAAAAUCAAAAAAUCAAAAACCAAGUCGAAAUCAAAAUCAAAGAAAUCAAAGAAAUCAAAGGAAUUGAUAGAAUAA